AUGAAGAAGAGGAAAGAAAAGAGGGAGAAGAGAGACAAGAAGAAAAUUAUAUUGAAGAGAUACAAGAAGAGAGAUCCGUUGCAAAAGACCAAUAAUAUAUUAAAUAAAAAUUAUCCAAAUGUAUUCAGUCUAAAUGGAGUUAUUAAAGGUAUCAAGGCACAAAUGGUUGUUAAGGAUAAUGCUACACCGGUUUUUCAUAAAGUAUACUCUGUAACCUAUGCACUCAAACCAGUGGUUGAUCAGGAGUUGGACGAUAUGAAAAGGGUGGAUCUUGUUAAAACAAUCAAUUACAAAAAUGAACUAUACCAAAAACUCAAAGAUUCGCCAAAUAACCUAACAUUGGAACAAGAUUACAAAAAAUCUAAAAUAGGUUGCUAA